AUGACACAAAUAGACGCUGCUGCCGCUUCCGUUUCAAAUAAUAAUAAUACAGAUUUUCAAAAACAAUUUCUUCGAAGAAUAAACAUUGAUGAGAACAAAAAGAUUGAGUUUUAUGACUUGCCUCAGGUAAUGAGAAUGUUUGCCAGUAACAUUCCAUUUGAAAACUCUGAUGUUAUCGGUCUGGAACCUUCAGGUAUCACCAAAGACUAUCUCAUCGAAAAGGUGUUGGUUAAGAGUCAAGGUGGUUUGUGUUAUCAUUUGAAUACACUGAUGUACUUCUUCCUGACCGAUUGUGGAUUCCAAGUGAAGCAGAUGAUCGGUACAGUUUGGAAUCAAAUUACCAAAGAUCGUUGGGCAGCACCGUUUGGACAUUGCAUCACCCUACUCACACACAACAAUUCAGAAUAUCUAAUUGAUGUUGGAUUCGGAUUGUUUUUGGCAUUGGCACCGAUUCCUUUCCAAUCGAUCAUAUCAUCACGUACCGGUGAAUACAGAUGGCUUGCCAAACCAACAGAGUAUGGUACUCACAGUCUAGAAUUACGACCGAAUCCCGACGAAGAUUUCCAUCUGGCAUAUACCUUUACACUGGAUCAAGUCGGUGUUGAAUCAAUAAACAAAGCCCAAGAAAUCAUUCAUAUAGAUGAACUAAAGACAUUCAACGCUAUACCACUAACUGCCAUUCUAUUAGAGCCAAGUCAAGGUCAAGCAACAAUGACAGGCGAUACACUUACAAUUACAAAACCAAACGGUGAAAAAGUAAAAGAAUCUAUUACACCAGAGAAGAGACAAGAGCUUCUUUCUACAAUGUUUAAGUUUAAAUAA